AUGAAUCAAAACGUCUGUAUUCUCCUCCUCAUGAUUUUUGUCCUGUCAUCUGAAACGUCAUUGGUUUUGGCUGUGAACUUUUUCUACCAAAACUGCAGUGUGCCCAUUACUUGUGGCAGCCAAGACAUUAGGUAUCCAUUCUACAUCCAAGGCAAGCAACAACCCUUUUGUGGGUAUCCUGGUUUCGAGCUCUCCUGCCAAGGCGGAGAUGAAGACGGAGAAGCCUACCCAAUUCUCCAUUUGUCUGGUAACGAUUACAUAAUCCACAACAUCAGUUACCAAACCAGUUCUCUUCUUGUCUCAAAUGCUCUGCUUUCACACUACCUAAACAACUCUGCUUGUACUAACCUGUCGUCAAUCAACAACUUAACCCUCCCUAAUGAUCAGUUUAAUCUGGCUCCAAACCAAGAUCAAUUCUUUCUGCUCUACAACUGCAACUCUUCGUUUGUCGAUUCUUUUCCAAAGUACAAGAUUGGUUGUAAUAACACUUCGGUUCUUGCUGUGCCUCGGGAUGAAUACCCUGAAGUUGGAAAUGUCCUGCAGUCCCAAAAGUGUGGAUCGAGUGAGGUGGCGGCAGCGCAUGGUGGAGGGUACGGGAAUGUUGAGGCAGCGGGAAUGAAGGAGGUGUUGGGGAGAGGGUUUGAGAUGACGUGGAAGGCAGUCGACUGCAGCCGCUGCUAG